UAGGGUGGGGAGCUGCGAUGGUUGGUUCUGGCUAGAGUCGCUGGACUAGGUACCUAAAGGCCUAGAUGGCACGCCAGAAAGAAGACUUUGAACUUGUUCUCCCUAGACGGCAAAGUAGUUCGAUGCAAAAUUAAUCGCAGCAGCAGUCAGCUCAUCAUCAGGCGCAUCAAACGGAACGGAACAAUACCUAGGUAAUUGUGCGUGGGGAACGAGGCGAGGAAUAAUUCUUAUUAUCUGCCUGCACAGGGCAAUUUGCUUAGGUUUUUGCCGGUAAUCCUGCUACUAUACUGUAGGAGCUCGUCCUUCAUCAGACCCAGGCAGGACAGACCCGGAAUCAGAGCAGGAUUGGCAGGAAUCGACAGGGCCGGGCCUGCCACAGUGGCAGCCAGAGGCCCAGAGCCUGACAGGGCAGCACCUUCCACAGCUUCCAGUUCUACGUUUUUCCUCUCCGCAUUUGGCUCACUACUGCACUGAUAUUGGUACUGGUACUUGAUAACUUCCAGUACCAGUGCUGGGCAGUGGCCGUCGGUCCAUGAGGAGGAGCCCACCUGCACCGCACCCACCAAAGUGCCUCACCCACCUACUCGUACUACCAGGGCAGCUCAUCUUCCAUCGACUGACUGCACCAAGAAACAAGCCUCAUCGACAACGACUGCACUCGCACUAUCGUCCGGCUCGCCCUUCCUUCAUUUCAACGCCAUCCCACCAUCUCCAAACACUACGAUCCUCAUUACCACGCCUUCGUUCUCCAACAUUCAGCGAACAGUCGACCUGAGAUAUUCCAGCCUUCCUGUCCAGUCGUUCUUGACCACGUCGAAUCCUCAAACCACCCUCGGCGAAUCAUCACUCGCAACCACUCAGCAACUCCCACGACCUCAUACACUUGGACUUGACGGCCGCAUGGAUCUGAUCUUCACUCCAUCGUCACGCAUUGCACACUGCCUUGCUGUUCUGGUGCUGUAGUGAGCCGGGCUCCCCUCCCCUAGCUACGGAUAGCCGUGUUGCGCUGCAACUGUACUUGCUAGUGCUCGCUCUGCAGACGCUCGACUAGAUCCACGGCCCCAAGCCUGAUCGAUGUACAGGCACGAUGGAAAGCGGUAUCAAUGCAGACCAGAACUUCUAUUCUAGGCCACUCUCCUCCUCUCCCGAGCAUCACCAACAUCACACGCGAGCCUACGACCCUCCUCCCCUCCCCGAAUUCGAAGCACGAUCGCCGCAAUUACCCCCGAAGCUUCCUUUCCUCACCACCCAGAACCUGCAAGCCGUGACUGCGAAUGGAUAUACUGGGCCCAUAUUGAAUGGAGGAGACCCCGAUGAUUUCUACAGAGAAUAUCGCGGCGUGACGCAGUCGACAAACGGUUACAAUCCCACCUCUCCAGAGAUGGCCGCCCAAAUAUCUGAGUCAAGACCAGCUCAAUCGUCUCUAAGAUCGAAUGGAAACGGAACAACACCGAAACAUCCCUCAUUGCCACAAGUACGCACCGCUCUAAAGCCAUCAUAUCGUUCGGCCUCAUCCCCUCUAGACAACAGAGCCCUUGGAAAUGCGAAGUCUACAUCUGCUCUGAAUGGGUAUUCCAAUCCUGGGAAGCCUAGCGUAAAGGACUUGUUGAAACGAUUCGACCAGAACAAUGAUCAAGAUACAUCUGUGGUACGCAAACCUGCGCCGAGGACUGUUGUCAAGGAUCCGAAUGCCUCUGGAUAUAUGCGGGAGCGUGGAUAUCAAGCUCGAGCUGCCACCCAGAAUACAGCAUCGAGGCCGGCAGGGACUGUCACAAGGGCUACGAUAACACAAUCACCAGCGAAUUCCAGGCCACAGAGGACUCGCUUUGCUCCCGAGGACCAGCAUUCGAAUAACACCCAGUCGGCCGUACCACGAAGACCGCGGCACAAUGCCUCUGGAUCCAACGUCCAAGCGUCGAAAUCCAUGACGAACCUUUCUCCAACAUCGCCCAAGAUUUCAAUUCCGCAAACAAGACGACCGUUAUUUGGUGAAGUUCUUCCUAUAGACCAAGGGACGCCUAAUAUAGCAUAUGGCAUUCCUCGGGCCGCAACGCGCAGGACGUCGGACUCGAGCUUGCAUCCUUCCUGGUCGCAGCAUAGAAGAAGUAGAUCAGACCUCGAUGUUUCCCCAUCUUCCCCAACGGCAUGGUACCUAGGUGUAACGCCGACACUGGAGGAUGUCGAUACAAAUAAACCACGUUCUUCGAUAGGCCACAAUCGCAAUCAUAGCGAUUUUCAAGACUCAAAGGUAAAUACCAUGAAUGGUGUCCACCCAUCGUUUCAGACUUCAAACCAUCCCCCCAUUACGUCCGCGGUGCAAGCUCCCUCUCGGUUGCCCAUGCCUUCCAAGCGGCUGAGUAAUUCGUCUGAUUCGUCGAGCUUACCCUCAACACGCGCGAACUCUCCCUUUGCGACAAAGACACUUUCAAAUGGAAAGCUACGAAAGCCUGAGCAGAGACCGUGGAGCCCUGCCGGCCGCUCCAUGACGCCCACUACCCGGGAGAAGACCCCGCGUUCAUCACCUCGAGGCAAGAGGAACGCGGAAAAGUCUACAUCAAACAAUGCCAGUCUCAAGGCUUACAUCUCAGCCCCUCCACCCAAGACAUCUCCACCUCUUCGAAGCUCACGUCCCCGACUCCCCGUCUCCUCUGCAUCGACCGAAAGCACGCGACAGAAGGCCGCCGAACGGUCUGGAUCCCCACAACAUAUCAGGUCUGGCAUGAAAAUUAUUCGCAACAAUGCCGAGGCGAACGACGUGAGGAAGCGGACGAGACCAGAGGUGCCGUUGAGCAAGGAGGAUUUCGUAGCAAAGCGGGAGCUGAUUCAAAGGGCAUAUACCAGAUCAAUUCACGAGAAUGAGCAGAAAAAGAUACGGGCUGAUAAUCUGCGACGUCUGACUGAACGGCAGGCCGCGAGAGCGCCGAUAGUUCUGCAAGACACCGAGAAAAAUGUCCACGUUCCAGUCGAGGCCCAUGUGGAGAACCAUCGGACAGAGCAUCACAGCACGGAACAGAAGUCGCCUCCUCUGCAUAUCAAUACUUCGUUCCAGAGACCGGAACCUGUGCCGCAAAAUGUGCCAGUACAGGAGGAUUCUCCGACACUAGGAAUACCAGGAACAUUCGUAGACGAUGAUGAACCUCCGGCAUCUGCGAUAUCCAAUGCCACAGAAAUUGAGAACGAGCCGCAGACCGAAGCAGCACGAUUAAGCCGAAUUCCAUCCCGACCCAGUGGACUUUCCAGUCAUAUGGAGUAUUUGGACGAUCAACUAAGUCCGGAGCAGGCAUUCUUUGGAAUGCAGAAUCUGGGAAUGGAGGAAGACAAUAUUCAGAUAAUACUCGACGCUACGCCAGUGGAGGAGGCACAACCGGACUCAACACCUACAAAACAUGCUUUUGCGAGAGACCCUUCACCUCCAGGUGCAUUUCAUGAAGAAGAGCAACCGGUGUUCACUUCGACCGUCACGGUUGCAAGCCCUCACGAAGUAACUCCAGAUCAAUCAAGACCUGACAGCUUCUUCGAUUCCGGCGAUGAGCAUUUCUCCAGCAAUGAUGGCCAUCACAACGUGGAAGACGUUACAAUCACAGGCCUUCAUAGCCAAACCCCCGAAAUAUCUUACCCAGAGGAUCAUGCCGAGCCACCGAGGCUUCAACUUCCAAAUCUCCAUACUGCAUUGGCUCCUCCGAGCGACUUUGGUGGACAGGAUUAUCUCAAUACACCGACUACUGAUAUGGACUAUGAGAGCUCAGAAGGAGCUGGCCAAACGAGCUCUGCUGAUAACUUUGAGCAUACUUACGGAAGUAGGGACGGCCAGAUAUCACCUCGGACUUUCCAUUCACAUCACCAGUCAUGGAGAACAGAUUAUUCUGUUGGCACCACGGAGGACUAUUCUGAGCGGGAGGAGAACUCAUACCCACAAGAGACCGAGCAAAAGCCAAUUCCACCUCCCAAACUCUCUCCAGAAGUUCCUCCUAAGCCAGAAGGAUACAGCCCGCUUCCAUCUCCUCGCUUUGCAGCUAAGACACACAUGCUUCCGAGUCCGAACAAACAUCAACUUCCUCCGAUAUCAACAGGCGAGGGACUUGGACUUGGAUUUACCAGUCCUCCCGCUUUCAAUGCCAGCACUACCACUCCUACUUGGCCUGACUACUCCCCACCUCCGCCUCCUCCAGACUCAGACGCAGCGUCUCCAGCAGUUCGGCGAUCGCCACCUCCGGCAAGCCUCUAUAAUAGGCGACCUCCCAGCAGUGCAUACCAAUCGAGUCUGAAUGGCCAUCGGAAUCCAGAUUCAAGGCGAGCGAGCGAUGAUAUGUACUCUCCUCGAGCAUCAAUAUCAACGCCGAGAUCAAGCACGCAGAUAUCAUUCGAUGAAGCAAACAAUGAUUCCAAAACCAAGCUCCAGGAGUCGACGAUGACCGAUGAAGAAAGACAAGCUGCUGAAGAAACUCGGAAACGUCUGUUCAAACGAAUGAUGGGGAUCAAGGAAUUGAUUGAUACAGAGUCUGUGUAUAUCAAGGACAUGAAUGUGGUCGAGGAGAUCUACAAGGGUACGGCAGAGGCCUGCCCGAAACUGGACCCCAGUGAUGUCAAGGCCAUCUUCAGAAACACUAACGAGAUUGUGGAUUUCUCGACCAUGUUCUUAGAUGAGCUGAAGUCCGCUGCGUCCAGUAUCUACUCCCCACGCAAGACGAGGCAAAACAAGGCUACGGGUUCAUCGCCCUCAACUGACAGAUUCUCCGUAGCGGCCACUCUGAAUGAGGAAACGGAUGACCAGAAAGACAGAAAAACAUUCAUUGGAGCGAGCUUUGGCAAACACCUCAAACGAAUGCAGGUCAUCUACACUGAUUAUCUCAAGAAUAGCGAAGUGGCUAAUAGUCGCUUGUCUGCUCUCCAAAAUGACGGUGCAGUCAAGGUUUGGCUCAGCGAAUGCAAUCUCGUUGCAAAGGACCUUACAGGAGCAUGGGAUCUUGAUGCACUUCUUGUCAAGCCAGUUCAGCGCAUCACUCGAUAUCAGCUCUUCCUCACUUUGAUCAAGGAGAAUACUUUGCCAGAUCAUCCGGAUUUUGAUGCUCUGCAGACCGCACGACAAGAAUUGGGGAACUUACUCCAGGAUAUUGAUGACCUGAAGAAGCGCAUCCAUAUGGUCGGGAAGAUUGUUGGUAGGAAGCGAAAGGAGUCUGAUGUCCGAACUGGUCUUGCCAAAGCCUUUGGACGCCGCACCGAAAAGAUUGCAGCAAAUCCAAAUAGACCGCCAGAUGAUGAGGCUUAUGUCAAGUAUCACGAGAAGUUUGGCGACGACUACCUUAGGCUUCAGGUCAUCCUACGAGACGCCGAGUACCAGACUCGUGAGGCGACCAACUAUGUCCAGAACAAUCUACGCUUGUUCUCAUCCAUGGAGCUUUUCAUGAGGUUGGGCGCAAGCUCAUACCCCGAGAUCGAGAGCAAAUGGGUUCAUUUCAAUAUGUCUAUGAGAGAUGUGGGAAGUGUUGGACUUGAGGACCAUGUUGCAGCUGUUCGAAAGCAAGUCAUUGAACCUGUGGAGAAGAUCAUUGCUCUUUACGGCCCACCAAGUCUUGCAAUAAAGAAACGCAACAAACGCCGACUUGACUACGAAAAGUCCUUGGCUCUCAAGGCGCAGGGCAAGAAGAUCGAUGAGAAGCUGGCAGAGUUGGUAGCUCAAUACGAGGCGUUGAACGAGACCUUGAAACUUGAGCUCCCAAAGCUUUCGGGAUUGACAAACACCAUCGGACAGAUCUGCUCUACUCGAUUACUGUAUGUGCAAUCAGAAUGGUGGGGUAUUUGGCAAGCAAAGCUCAGUCAGAACCUGGAAGAGGGACAGAUGGCAACAACAGUACAAGAGAUUACGGACAUGUUCCAUCGAGAGUUCAAAUAUUCUGAGGCCAAAUUCCAGGAGCUGGGUAUCAUCAAUGGAACCUUUGGUAGUGGAAUGUCCUCACGCCCUUCGCAAUCAACACAGGACGACGAGUCAGUGAGAAAAGGGAGACCUUCGAAUCUGUCAAAUCGCUCCCGUGGGCUCUCAUUCAACAGCGACAAGUCACCAAGUCUCCCGACACCUGACUUUGCAAAGCGACACAGUGGACAAUUCACGUUCUCCCCGAUCGUGGCCAACGCUCCUGGUCUACCUAAUUUUGGUCAUCAGCCCCACUCAUUCUCAACUGGCCACUCUCGGGCCGGAUCUGGAUCACCUGCAACUCCUGAUACCGCGAGCAGUGCACGACAUCAAGCAAGUACGGCGAGGCCUAGCACGAGUCGCAGCCAUACUUCUGAUACUCCAAUGCGUCCAAGUAAUGACUACAACAGCCAGUAUCGUCGUGAAUCGGGAUCAACAUACAACUCACAUUAUGUUGAUGGCCCGCCUCCAUCUACCAGGCCGUAUUCAGGGGUCUUCCAUUCCGCGAUGCCUCUACCUGAUGGUCCUGAAGAUAGUCAGCGCUCAUCAAGAGCCUCAUCUCGAGAUCGAAAUGUGUCAGGCGGCUAUAACGUGCUGUACCUUGCUGCAAGUCUGUUCGAAUUCAAUAUCAGUGCUACGAAAUCAGAAGCUGGAUAUCCCUACUUGACAUAUCAAGCUGGCGAGAUCUUUGAUGUCAUCGGCGAAAAAGGCGAGCUGUGGCUUGCCAAAAAUCAAGAUGAUCCAGGUGAUCAAGUCGGAUGGAUCUGGAGCAAACAUUUUGCUCGACUAGCUGCCGACUGAAGCCGUCCUCGGCAACAACUGUGCUUCAAAUCAUUCAUGUAUUAAUGGCGUUUCUUCAAAAGUGGAAAUGCGGAGUUAGUAAUACGGACACGGACUGGAUCGGAAUGGAUCGGCUCGGAUGACGCCUAUCCUCUUGCCUGGAUUCGGGAUCCAGCUUCAAGGGACGGCGAGGCGUUUGGGAUUUUGUUGCGACUGUCCUCUUGCGUUUCAGCGAUUGAACGAAUGCGAGGGCAAAACGAUCGAGACGAUGAAGAAACAAUCUUUGUCUUCAUGUCAUUGCUUUGUUUGUCAUUUUUACUUUGUUGAUUCUCCUUCUAUUCUCUGGCGGAAAAGAUUUUUUCUACUGUGUUGUUUUUGUUAUGUCCGAGAAAGAGAGAAAGUGCACGGAUAUUUCAGGUCCGAUGCUCAUACCGAUACUGAUACUGAUACUACUUCUUUUUCUUUUUUAUUUGUACUAUGGAUAGGGUGGGGAUAUGGAUGGAUGGCUGAAUGGAUGGAUAUAUGGAUUUUUCCAGGCGCGAAAUGUGCGGAUGGGAAGGAAAGAAAGAUUUGUAUACAAUGAUGGAUGAGGGAUGAGAAUUAUUGGUUUUCUGUUCCUGGUUGUGGUUCCCAUGGGUGUGUGUGUGGUUGGGAAGACGGGAGUUGGGGUGGGGACUGAGUGCAUUGCUUGCUUGACUGCUUGAUGAGUGAGUGGUUACAUGCUGAGUGGAUAUUGCAGGGAGUGGGGAGAGGAGAGAGGGGAAGAGAGGAAUGGGUAAGCAAGCAAGUAAGCAAGCAAGCAUGCAGAGAGGUAGUGAGUAGCAUUUAGAUGAAUGCCGAUAUGCAUACGAAGAUCCAAACUUACUCUACUAUGCCUACCUCCCUACCUAGGAUGUGAAUGUACUAACUUAAUGGUGACACGUGGG